AGGUGCCUUGGAGGCCUCUGGCUAGUCGCAAGUCUCAAGCCUCAAGUGCAAGUGCCUGCUUCAUUUCUGUUCAUUUCUGUUCAUUUCUCACUCUCUCUCUCUCACACACACAGACACUCUUUCUCUCUCUCUCUCUCUCUCUUCUCUUCUCUUCUCUUCUCUUGUAGUAGUAAACAAGCGCUGAAAUGGAGCCUCUGCAAACAGUAAGCUCACCGAUCUCACCUCUUCGUCCCAAGUCAUUCACCGAUGCCCGCUCUCGGACGAGUCCCAUACCUCAGAUUUCUAUAUCCGGCCGAGAAAAUAUUCCUCCCACUCAUCCUAACGUUCCAAUCGAUCAGCGAACCUCGCCCUCAUCUCGCAAGAAAAUUCCUUCCAUCGAGGCUCCGAUCAUGAGAGAGAAUCCCAGAUCUGACGCUCCCGGGGUCGGAUCACCGGAUUCUUCCGUAAAGGUUGUAGUGAGAAUAAGACCAGUGAGUGGUCAUGGGAAAACUGAGGAUCAUAUUGUCAAGAAAAUCUCCUCUGAUUCCCUGUCUGUUGGAGAUCGCAAGUUCACCUUCACUUCUGUUCUUGGUCCUGAGUCUAGUCAGGAAGAUGUAUUUAAAUUAAUUGGUGUCCCUUUAGUACAAAGCGCUUUGGCUGGUUAUAAUGCUUCAAUUGUAUCCUACGGGCAGACGGGGACUGGGAAGACCUUCACAAUGUGGGGACCACAGAGUGCUAUGGUGGAUGCUCAUUCCAUCAGCAGCUACCAGGGCAUUGUGCCUAGAAUCUUUCAAAUGCUCUUUGCAGAGAUUAGCAAAAAACAAAAAUGCUUAGAAGAAAACAAUAUUAGUUAUCAAUGCAGAUGCUCAUUUCUUGAGAUAUAUAAUGAACAAAUCAUUGACCUGCUAAAUCCAAGUCAGAGGAACCUCCAGAUACACGACGAUGCUAAAAGUGGCUUCUAUGUGGAGAACUUGACUGAUGAGUAUGUCAACAACAUUGACGAUGCCACUCAAAUUUUAAUCACGGGGCUCUCUAACAGAAAAGUUGGCGCAACUAGCGUGCACUCCAAGAGUUCCCGGUCACAUAUUAUCUUCACUUGCACUCUUGAGUCAUGGUGCAAGGGGACACAAUCAAAAAAUUUUAGCAGUUCAAAGAUAAGCAAAAUCAGCCUUGUUGAUCUUGCUGGACUGGACAAGCAUAAACCUGAAGGUGUUGGCGAACGGACAGAAGAUGGCAGAGAUGUAAAACAAUCCUUGGCAAAGCUCGGGAAGUUGAUCAAUAUUCUCUCUGGAGUUGCUCGUACUGGAGAAGACCAAAAAAUUCCCUACAUGGAUUCCCCACUCACACAUUUACUGAAAGAUACUCUUGGUGGCAAUGCAAAGGUCACCUAUUUAUGUUCCAUUUCUCCGGAUAACAGGGACAAAGCUGGAACUUUGAGCACCCUGAGGUUUGGGGAACUUGUGAAAGAAAUUCAAAACAAGGCCGUAAUCAAUGAAAUAUCUGAUGAUGAUUUUAGUGGUCUGAGUGACCAGAUUCGUCAACUAAAGGAAGAACUUAUAAGAGAAAAAUCUUCUUGGGGCAACUCACUCAGAACUAACCGUGGACACUUUAAAGCCCAAAAUGCCCGUGAGAGCUUAAAUCAACUAAGAGUGAGCCUCAACCGGUCAUUGAUUUUGCCACGCAUUGAUAAUAUUGAUUCAGAAGAAGAAAUAGAUGUUGACAUGGAAGACGUCCGUGAAUUAUGCGAUCAACUACAGAAUGCGCAUUCUUCCAGUGAAGAUGACUCAGCAGUGAUAGUUGAAACUGUGGAUGGCAGUACUGCAGAAGAAAUUUUGGUUACAAAGACUGAUCUAGAACAUGAUGCUGGUAUUUUUGUAGGAGAAGAUAAAUUUGAAGAAUUGGAUUGUGAAACAUCCGUAUCUGACUUACCAGAUGGUAAUGCCAAGGGUGGGUUGCGUACUCCUGCCGGAGAUGAUCACGUUCAGAAAUCUUCAGAAAAAUAUAUGCUGUCAAUUAUACCAGGGAAGCAAUUUCGGAUCCUCCAUGACCCAACCUUAUCUGAAUCUCCCAAAAUUGAUAAGAACUUGAAGAAUGGAGUUGUGAAUUCAUUUGAUAUUUCAGAGGGAAGCACAAAAUCAUUGAGAAAUUUUGAGAGCAACUCUCUUCGUGCUUCCUUGCGGUCUAGCAAAGUUAGCCCAACUGAGUCUUUGGCUGCCAGCCUUCACCGAGGCCUGCAGAUAAUAGAUUAUCAUCAACAAAAUUCAGCUUCAAGAAAACCGUUUCUAGGACUUUCUUUUGAGCAGUUCGUAUCAAAGUCACACCAAACAGAAAAUAUGUCUGAUGCUUCUGUGCAGACUUCACUGGAGGAUGGAGGCACUGCUGCUGCUUUCCUGUGCUUAUAUUGCAGAAAGAUGAAUGUUUACAGCGGCAAUUUACAACACGAAAACUUGGACAUGAAGAUUGUACCAGUCAAGGAAGCAGGGUUACCUGAGAUUUCUGUAAAGCAAAUGCUUCAGGAUAAGCUUAAUGUUCUAGCUGAUGUCAGUACGAGAGAGAUGGAGCUUGAAGCUCUAUGUGCAGAGCAGGCAGAUAAAAUCAAACAGCUCAAGUGCCUGGUGGAUUGGUGCAAAGACAGACAUGAACAAUGCUCCAACCUGAAUGAAAACCAAGAUGUCAAAAUUCUUUGCCUUGAGGGCCCGGCUGAUGAUGGUGCGGUUUACAGAAAAAAAGAGCAUGUGCCAUCAGAUGAACUUGUGCUAAUGAACCGCCAUCUCAAAAAUGAGACAGAAGUUUCGAUGGGGAAGUAUUGCUCAAGUAAGACUUCUUUUGAUUUUGGCGCAAGGGAAGAUCUUAUCAAGGAAAUCCAAACCUUGAAGGACCAGUUGAAGUCAUACGCAAACACUUGUAGAGAUGAUGCCAAAGAUUAUCGGGAUGAUUCCUCCCUACUGGAGCAAAUAAGGAAAGGCACAGCAGCGGAGAAGACUGAAGAUGAACUUGAGAGGGAAAGACAAAGAUGGACAGAGUCUGAGAGCCGGUGGAUUUGCCUUACUGAAGAGUUGAGGGUGGAUCUUGAACUAUAUCGCCAGCGGGCGGAGAAAACAGAACUUGAGCUUAGUAUGGAAAAGAGAUGCUCCGCAGAGUUGGAUGAUGCACUGCACCGGGCCAUCCUAGGGCAUUCUAGAAUUGUUGAAGAAUAUGUGGAGCUUCAGGAGAACCAUGGCAUUGUGUUGGAGAGGUACAAGAAAGUCAUGGAAGGGAUUGCAGAGGUGAAGAAAGCAGCUAAGAAGGCAGGAGCCAAAGGCACUGGCUCUGCUUUCACAGAGGCUCUGGCUGCAGAGCUGUCCACUUUGAGAGUUGAGAGGGAAAGGGAAAGGACCCGUCUCAAGGCAGAGAACAAGGGGCUCAAAAUUCAGCUCAGGGACACUGCAGAAGCUGUGCACGCCGCUGGAGAGCUUCUUGUGCGGCUAAGAGAGGCAGAGGAAGCUGUUACAGCGACUGAGGAGAAAUAUGAGAGAGCACAACAAGAUAAUGAGAAAAUGAGAAAGCAAGUCGAAAAGCUGAAGAGGAAACACGCAAUGGAGAUGGUCACUAUGAAGCACUACCUUGCGGAGAGCCGGUUACCCGAAUCUGCAUUAGAACCCUUUUACCAACAUGAUUCAGAGAGUUUGGGGCAGACUGAAGAUGAUCAUUCAUGGCGAGCUGCAUUUAGGCCAUCAUAUCAAUAAUAAACAAACGGUAGAUCGACAAAUUGGAAUCCGACCCGCGUCUGCACGAAGCAAGUGUACUGUUUAAAAUCGGCAUUCCGGUGCCGUCUUGGCACACAUGUCCCCCUUCCCAUUCUGUGUUACCUUUUUCCCUGUUCUUUGAUUGGAUUAGGUUCUGAAUUUGAUUUAUUAUAGAAUAACCCUUGGGUAAAUUAUCUGUAGCGUCACCAAAUUAUGGUCAAAUAUCAGAAGGGAUAUCAACCUUUAAUUCA